CACUCUAAGCACGGUCAUUCUUCUUGAGAGGAAGUAUUGGUUUAUGCUGGUUAUGUAAAUACACUACAAUAGGCUAGCGGAAGAAAGUUUAUUGUGUAAGAGCAGACAACGUGUUAGUGUUUAGAAAAUAGUUUGGAAUCUAUUGUUGGAGUGUUGCGGUAUACUUUUUGAGAAAAUGAACUCAGCAAAUGUGCUUCUUGUGUGUAUUGCAAUAUUUUCAAUUGGUUCGAGACAGUCAAGCGCAAUUCCCCUUAAUUGCACUGUAACCUCACACCAGGAGAUUUACGUCGAAGUGCAAACAAACGGAACAGUUACAUGCGAGAUUUCUCGUCGGGCAUCCAAGAUAAUAAUAGAAGUAGUACAAUGCAUUAAUAACUUAACAGACUGUAUUCUUGAUCCAGGUAUUUUGAUUGAAAAGCAUGACGUUCAUCGUACAUCGACAGUAACUAUUCUGAGUAUCCGGAAUCAUUCAGAAGACCUGCUUGUGUCAUGCUUCGAUCCGUAUAUUAAGGCUCCAUCCACUCACCUAGCGCUUCCUUAUGACUGUUUGCUACUGAACCAUACAUAUUCAGAUGGUGUUACCGAAACGACAAAUGUUGAAGGACAAAGUAACAACUAUAAAGCCGGAAUUUUAAUUGGAUCAGUAACUGGCGUCGUUAUAUUAGCUGUUAUUUGUGUGGUACUAUGGUUAAACCGACGAUAUAUACCUUUAUUUGAAGAAUCAAAAUUAGCUAAGUUCCGUCAACCUCGGAAACAAAAUGAAAUGCAGAGCCAGAGCGGAAAUUAUUGUGGUAACGGUAACCCAUCUACAGAAUUAAAGCCGCUUGUACCACUAUCCGGCCAGAAAGAAGGACAGGUUGAUUCUGUACACGUAGUGGUGAACGAUCCAACUGGAACAAAUGGUAUGAAGGACUUUUUAAUUUUACACGCGGAGGACGAUGCAGUAUUAGCCAGGGAGGUGAAAGACAAGAUAGACGGUGUGUGUGGCGUUAAUAUCCGGCCAUUAGUAGACGUGUUUGCCGAUGUCGGUUUUAAUCAUGGGCAAUUAUCAUGCCUUGAUCAAAUGAUGAAUGAGUACAGAUGUGUAAUCUUUGUCAUCACUCCAAACUUCAAACUAGACAAGAUACAUUUGUAUCAAGGUGAAACUACAUUAGUGAUGGAUUUGAUGGAUUUAAGACAUGACCAACAACAUCGAUUUGUGCCACUUUUAUGCAACAUUAAGAGAAAAGACCUGAAAGUAGGUUGGCUUUCGACAUUGAUACCUUUAUACUAUACAGACAGUGGUAUGCAGCAAGUUAAGCGACUGAUAGAAAACAUUCGAAAAUUGGAACUUUAAAUAAUUUAAAACACAUAUACCUUGAACUCCAAUCAAACAAAUACACAUGCUAAUUAUUUAAGUUUAAAUGUAAGGUGACUGACUUUAGUUUUGUCAAGUUAUAUAUAUAUAUAUUAAGUUCCUAUAUUAGGUAUCUAAGGCUCUGUUCACACUAUGCACGAAUGCGAUGAAAAUCUGUGACCGUCUUUCAGUUGCUUUUUAACUCAAGUGCCAGAUCAAGCACAAUAAAGUCACUAUUUGUGAUAUGCAAGUAUAGCGUCGCCGAUUGUUUUUCAACAAGUUUUGAAAAAUAAACAAGUCCUGGUGCUAUUGCGGACAUUAAUAUUCGUCGAUACAAUAUUA